CCACCGCAUUAAUCUCCGCGUGUUGCCCAUUUGUGACUACUCCAUUCAUCUAAUCCUCACCUUUGUCCAUGUGACAAGGCAUCGUUGACGACCUGAGACAAGGCAAAGCUAUGACCAAUGACGUGAUGCUCCCAACCCAGUAUGUCUCAUUCCAUUGCAGCACAUGCUAGCGGCUCGUGAGCUCUUAUCGAUACCCACGCCCAGCGAUGUCAAGGGCUACCGUGGCUGAUAUCAUUCCUUCCAAACAUCCGCUUCGCAAUGGUCAGCUCGCAAUCAUAUACGGCCGAGUAUCACAAGUCUUGAUUCAACAAGAGUAAUUGUACGGAAAGCGCCAUAUCAUCUCUUUUAGAACCUAGUCCCUUCUCAUAAAUCUCAAGCUCUUUACUGCGAACUCUACUCGUUUGAUCCGAUGAUGAAAACCCAUGUUUAAGCCUAGAGUACAAUAACCUUGACCCCGAUAUCGCAACUCACAUGCGCAGAUGAUGGAUUCCAACUCGUCAUUUCUCUCCCGAAUAUCUCUGGGAGGAGACAAGUCCUCGAUCCGGCCCCUCCACUCGCCUCCGAGCCGCCGCAAUUCUCAGCAGAGGCCCAGUCGUCGAAGCUCAAAUGACCACGACCUCUCAGAGCUCUCCCCACGACCGUGCUCGCCCUUGCUUUCGCCCGGCAACGUCCGCGAUUUCGGCUACCCGGGAUCGUCAUCUAUGCACCAAGACCCCAGUACCGCCCGCAGAAGCAGUAAGAGCAAGGUAAAGGGCAAAGCAGUAGCAUAUACAGAUGAAGUGGUAUUCCCGCCCAUGAGCGUCGUAGACCGGAUGCGUAUCUAUCGCGCAGGUCAAGCAGCGGCGAAAGAGAGGGAAAGACAGCAAACUGCCCACUGGAGGAGCGCGCUUAGCAGUGGUGCGCCAUCAUGGAAACCGCCCUCGCCGUCCGACUUCCGCGACGACAACGAUAGCCAAGGUCAGGGCCAGGGCCAGGACCAGGACCAGGUCCAAGGGUACGGUUCCCAGGUCAGCUUUGUGGGGAGCAUGCUCACGCCCUCAUUAAGUGACCGUGGAACCAUGGACAUGGACACCACCUUCCGCACGAUUGCUAGGCGCGAAAAACAGAUGCAGAAGGAAAUACAAAAGCUGCUUGAUGCACAAGGUGAAGCCCUGGAGCAGGCUGCCGACGGGGCGCCUCCUUUGAGCCUUGACGGCGCGAGCGAAGCCGGGAGUACCACGCCACGCGGUACUUCCCGCGGAUCUGCGUCGUCGAACUCCUCCUCGCCACAGCGCUCCCGAUCGAAUCGACACGGCUACGAUCCUCACUUACCCGUCAUUCCCGUCCGCCAGCCGAAGCCCAAACCGCCGUCGAUCCGGCAAAUCCGCCACUCGAUCGCCAGAUCCGUAUCCAUGCUCGCUGACCUCAAGGCCGAGGAGGACGCGUAUAUACACUCUGCUCUAUCGGCGCGGAAAACAGCCCUAGCUAAGUUAACGAAGUUGUCCAAACAGCACAAGUCCAUCUCGGCCGACCUGCGUGCGUUGGAAUCAAACCCGGAGGAUCCACUGCGCAGGGAAAUGAAGGGGAUGCAGGAUGAGUACCACGGCGUGUGCAACGACAUCGCUGAGUACGAGCAGAAACUACGUGCUUUGAAACGGACCAAGGGCGAAUUGGAGCAUAGGAUGGAAGAGGUACGGAGCGAGCGCGAGAGCGGGCUCAGUGGGUACCGGGGUGCGUUACGCGAAACAGAGCGUGGCAUUGGGGAGAUGAUGAAAAGGCCGGGUGUCAAGGUGCUCGAGGUGGAUUCUGGUGUGGAUUUCGACGUUUAUGUUCCCGCGAACGGCAAUAACGGAGAGACACCCGAUGUCAGUCAGGGGGGCAACAGCAUCAUGGAACGCCGACUCAGCGGUCAAGAAUUCAUGCGUCUCCGCCCAGAGCGCAGAACCCUAGGCAUGGCGCGCGACUGGUGGGAGGGCGAAGUGUCACUCCUCGAGCGGCGCAAAGAAGCCGUGGACCGGGAACGCACCGCCCUCGAGGAAGGAGGCGAACUUUGGGCGCGCGUCAUGCAACUCAUAGCCGAGUACGAGCACCGGCUUGCCGCCGCGCUGAACGGCUCGAAUACCCCUGGCUCGCCGCCCGCGACGGCGUUCCCGAAGCCAGAGAAUGAAAGGGCUAAGGAGGAGCACAUGUUCCGCGCGCAGUACCAGGAUCUACGGGAGACGCUCAAGGAGCUCGAGAAUGCGCUGGAGAUGGCAGAGGGGAGGGGGUGGAAUUUGUUGGUGGCGGCUAUUGGGGCGGAACUGGAUGGGUUUAUGGUGGGAGAGAUGAUUUUGUAUCAGUUGAUGCAGGAGAGGGGAAUUGAGUAUGAGUGCGACGAUUUGUUGGGGGAUGAAGAGACAAAGGAUGGCCAUGGUGGAAGUUUGGUCGACGUACGGGAAAAUGGGGCAAGUGAUGGUGGGAAUCACUUGAAUGAGCAAGGGCAUGAGCAUAAGCAUGUGCAGAAGGGCUUGAGCACAGAAGAGGAGGCGCUUACGGGCAGUGUGGUCCGGCGAUGGACGGAUCCCGACCCUGACUUGGAUCCCUCCACAGACACACACGAGAAGCCACAGCCUAAGGAUAACAACCUCGAGAGCCAGCGUGGACACAUGAGUCCUACGAGUCACGACCUCCUUUGCAGCGAUGAGCACGGUCAACACAAGGAAGAGAGCGAUAACGAAGUUCCUCCCGGCUUGCUCGGCGAGGUGCAACACGUCGAGGAGAGCGAGGACGAGCAUGAACACGAACAUGAGCACGAGCAUGAGCACGAGCAUGAGAACGAGGUCCCGGUUGAGUUUUUGAGUAUGCAUGGGGGAUAGCAGGAUUUGAGAAACAUUCAGUAGGGUGCUGGGUAGAGUGGGGAUGUUGAUUAAGACGAACGGAACUGUUUGGGUGAGGUGGUGUACUAUGGAUAGGCACUUGCAUGACUUUGAUAUGAGUAUGAGGAUGGGUGGUCUGUUUGCUUACGAGAAGUGAAGUCAUUUGCCGCCGUGCCAAGGUUGUUAGCUGGCUGAGGUGUUGUUGUCUUGGACUUGAAACGAAUAUUGACACCACAGGGAACAUGUUUACGGUCACAAUAGAGUACUCUGUGCCUGACUCAUUGGGGUAGCUGGCCUGGGUGAUCUCAGAGUUGUGAUCUGUGUCCCGAGUGUUUGUUGGGUUAUGCCAUCUUGGGCUUCAUGCGAAUAUCCAUAACAUGGGAGGCCUGUCUUGAUGUAAAAAUGGGGAACACGCGUUGUCUGUAUAGGGGAACAUGCUUUGCAUCUUAUAGUGAGCAAUUAAGUAAUGGUCUUUUAAGGUAUUA